UUCAGAAUGAAGCCGAGCGGAGGGAAACCCGUUAGUUAGUUCUGUCGCGGAGGAACAGGGAGCGUCCAUGUCUUCUACUCAAAGACCAGCUCGCUGACAAAAGUUGCUGGCAGCAAUGUCGAGAGAAAACACCACUCGAAGUUUGGACAGCAUAGACCUCGCAGCUUUAAGGGAUCCUGCAGGCAUCUUUGAGUUGGUGGAGGUGGUUGGAAAUGGAACCUACGGCCAGGUGUACAAGGGUCGCCAUGUCAAGACGGGCCAACUGGCAGCUAUCAAAGUCAUGGAAGUCACUGAGGAGGAAGAAGAGGAGAUCAAACUGGAGAUCAACAUGUUGAAGAGUUAUUCCCACCAUAGGAACAUUGCCACUUAUUAUGGAGCUUUUAUUAAGAAAGGUCCUGCUGGACAGGACCACCAACUCUGGUUGGUGAUGGAGUAUUGUGGAGCUGGCUCCGUCACAGACUUGGUGAAGAAGACCAAGGGGAACUGUCUGAAGGAGGACUGGAUUGCGUACAUCUGCCGAGAGGUGCUCAGGGGUCUUUCCCAUCUUCACGCCCAUCAUGUGAUCCACAGAGACAUUAAGGGACAAAAUGUUUUGCUCACGGAGAAUGCCGAAGUCAAACUGGUGGAUUUUGGCGUGUCGGCCCAGCUUGACAAGACGAUCGGUCGAAGGAACACCUUCAUCGGUACGCCCUAUUGGAUGGCUCCGGAGGUCAUCGCCUGUGACGAGAACCCCGAGGCCACAUAUGACUACAGGAGUGACCUCUGGUCUCUAGGCAUCACGGCCCUGGAGAUGGCUGAAGGAGCCCCUCCUCUGUGCGACAUGCAUCCAAUGAGAGCGCUGUUUUUGAUUCCACGAAACCCGCCACCCAAACUCAAAUCAAAGAAAUGGACGAAGCGCUUCUUGUCCUUUGCAGAAGGCUGUCUGGUCAAGAACCAUCUGCAUCGACCCACCACGGAUGCCCUGCUGCGACACGCCUUCAUCCGAGAUCUGGCCAAUGAGAGACAAGUCCGCAUCAUGCUCAAAGACCACCUGGAUAGAACCAGGAAGAAACGUGAGAAAGAAGGUCCAGAGUACGACUACAGAAGCAGUGAUGAAGACGGUGACGAGGUGACGGAGGAGGAAGGGGAGCCCAGCUCCAUAGUGAACGUUCCCGGCGAGUGGACAUUAAGGCGCGAGUUUCUUCGUCUACAGACGGAGGACAGCCACGGGGGGGGGAAGGGAGGCCACGGGGGAAGUGGGGGUCAACAAAGACAGCAGGCACUGCAGCAGCACAGGCAGCAGCUGGCUGAGCAGGAGCGAUACAAGCAGCAGCUACAGGCCGACAGGCAGAAGAGGAUCCAGCAGCAGCACGAGCAGCGGCAGAAGUUAGAGGACCAGCAGAGGCGGCAGCGGGCAGAUUGCGCCUUUCAGUGGGCGGAGCUUCAAGAGAUCUUGUUCGGGGAGGAGUCCGAUCUCCACGACAACCGGAUCUCAUUGGAUGACAGAAACGGGAAGAGCAACAGGAGACGGCAGGACCAGGCAGACAGACAGCGGUAUGCCGAUGUGUCAGUAAGGCCUCUGGACUCCACCACAGAGCAGAGGGCCGCCGCGCCGAACCAGCCGCUUCAGCGCAAAGCCCCGCCCUCCCCGCCGCAAGCCACGCCCCGGCCUCUGGCUCAGCACCAGCAGCCCUCGGCGGGCAGGAGAUCCCACCGCACGCUGCCCAAGGACCAAACCCAGCUGCUGUCGCUGCAGCACGACCACAGGCACCGGGAGAGAGAGAGGCAGAGGCAGAGCGAGACGCCUGUAGCAGCUGUCCAGCAGCUAACGGCUAUCGGCGGGAGCGCCGCCGCCGCUGCCUCUCCCUCGCCCCGCCGCGCCGCAUACAGCCAGCGCUCAGCGAUGGACCUCCAAGAUUCAAACCUAGCCAGGCUGCUUUUGGCUGCCGGUCUGCCCAACCAGGUGCACUCCAGGCUGGGCUCUGGGAGCAGCUCGAGUCCCUGUACUCCCGCCAUGCAGAGAGCUCACCUCAACCAGAAUGCCAAUCUUCGCUCAAGCCGGGACGCCCCUCACAGCAGCUCCAUGUCAGACGUGGCCAUCUCCCCGUUGUCCCCAAUUUGCCCCCAGUCCUCGACUGAUGACGUCUUCUGGGACUCCAGGACGCCCCCCAAGGUCCCAGAGCGCACCACCUCCAAGUUCUACUGCCGAGAGCUGGUGAUGGGACGCAACAAGGCGGACUCGAGUGGCAGUCCAGCGUCUGUAGCCGAUACGAGCGGGCGUUCUGCGUCUCACGGCGUGACCUCCAGCAGCAGCAGUUACCAAGGCUACUUCAAUCUGGAGAGUCCUCUUUUACAGCACCGUCUGCAGCAGCAGAGGAGGACGCAAGAGAGCAUCACCAGUGGGCACAGACACGGCGUGCGGUCGGCUGUGGGUCGGCUGAACAAGGCCACAGAGUACUCGUCAUCCAGCGACGAGCUCGGCAGCAGUGACGAUGAAGAGAGGAACAGGUCCGGGCUGUCCAACGGGAAGGGGAGAUACUUCAGAGGAAUACACGAUGGGAUCGUACUGCAACCACACCACAAUCUCAACCAGAUCUCUCUGAUAGGUUCGGAUGACACGCACCUGCUACCGGACCUCCUGCAGAAGGCGUCCUCCUCCAGCAGUCCUACCCACAAUGCACCAAGCCAACAGCAGCUCAACUACUCCCACUUACCCACAGCCCCUCACUCCCCCACACACCAGGAGGUGCAUGCCGUCAGCAGUCCUACUGGUGGAAACACCUCUUCUUCUUCCUCCUUCUUGUCAUUCAUCGAUCCAAGAUUGAUCCCCAUGUCAUCCCCCCCUGAGAGCCCUGUGGGCAGCAAAGGUGAGCAAAUCAAGAGGGAAAACCACAGGAAAGGCUCUGUGGUCAACGUGAACCCGACCAACAUUCGACCGCAGAGCGACUCUCCGGAGAUCCGAAAGUACAAGAAGAAGUUCAACACGGAGGUUCUCUGUGCGGGACUGUGGGGCGUCAAUCUGCUGGUGGGGACGGAGAACGGCCUGUGGCUGCUGGACCGCAGCGGUCAGGGGAAAGUCUACUCACUCAUCAGCAGACGGAGGUUCCAGCAGAUGGACGUGCUGGAAGGACUCAACGUACUCAUCACUAUAUCAGGUAAAAAGAACAAGCUCCGUCUGUACUACCUGUCCUGGUUAAGGAACAAAAUCCUCCACAACGACCCAGAGGUGGAGAAGAGACAGAGUUGGACCUCGGUAGGCGACCUAGAGGGCUGUGUACACUACAAAGUGGUGCGUUACGAGAAGAUAAAGUUCCUCGUGAUUGCCUUGAAGAAUGCAGUGGAGGUGUACGCCUGGGCCCCCAAACCCUACCACAAGUUCAUGGCUUUCAAGUCAUUUAGGUCCCUGCCUCAAAAGCCACUGUCUGUUGACCUGACAGUGGAGGAAGGUCAGAGGUUAAAGGUCAUCUACGGCUCCUUGUCCGGCUUCCACGCCAUCGAUGUGGACUCUGGGACGCCAUACGACCUCUACCUGCCCACACAUAUCCAGGGUUCCAUUCACCCCCAUGCCAUCAUCAUUUUGCCAAACAGCGCUGGAACAGAGGUGCUGGUUUGCUACGAGGAUGAGGGCGUCUACAUUGACACCUAUGGCCGCAUCACCAAGGAUACGGUGCUGCAGUGGGGGGAAAUGCCUGCGUCCGUCGCCUACCUUCAGUCUAAUCAGGUGAUGGGUUGGGGAGAAAAGGCCAUAGAGCUGAGAUCGGCCAACACAGGGAACCUUGAGGGAGUUUUCAUGCACAAAAAGGCCCAGAAGCUCAAGUUCCUGUGUGAACGGAAUGACAAGGUCUUCUUUGCCUCUGUGCAGUCAGGAGGCAGCAGUCAGAUCUACUUCAUGACUCUCGGACAGAACUCACUGUUCAACUGGUAACGACUGGACCAGUUACUUUGGUAUCAGCUGGUGGUGUGUGGCUUCAUUUUUCUGGGUUAAACUGCUGGUGAUUUUUUGCAUUUGUGCCGACCGCUGUGUGCCACCGUGGAUUCUGGAUCCCGUGCAAAGAUCAACACGUUUUAUUUGUGAUGCACAGCUGAGUUGAUCUGCAGCUUGUAUCCAUCACUUAAUCCUUGAAUACUGAAGUUGAUCUCACCGCCUCGCCAUUCCACGCAAGCCCCAAUAGGUACAGCGGGCAGCGACAGCGUCCUGGGAAAGGACACAGAGGAAUGUUUCAUCCAAAUCUACACAGAAAUAAACAACAGUUCAGGUACUCUCCUCUAUGAGCACAGUUCAACAUUUGGCUCACAUCGCUCUCGGAUCAGUUAAAAGUCUUUAUUUUUUCUUCUGAUGAAAAUCCGUUGCUCUGCUAUUGACUCUUAUUUGCUUUGACACGGCUUGACUGGGAUGUAUUACUGGAUCAAGUGAAUCAUCUGAGGGUCUUGGAUGAUUGUUCUCCCAGUAGACUAGCAGCGUAAUGUGUCCAGCUGUACGGUUGGUCUUCACGUAAGAAGCCAGACGAACACAAGUCCUUAAUUCCCUCCAUAGACAUCACCUGGCCAUUUCAAGAACCGUGUCAGAACGAAAUGUGGACCAAGUGGGACCACAACUCCUGCGUCAUUCCACAUCUCGUUUUAACUGCUUGCUACUUCGUCCCUAAAUCAAUGUCCAAAUUGAUGAACAACCCAUGUCUGUGAUACUUCAGCAGUGUUAUUCAUGAAGACAUUUAGUGGUGUUUUCUUCUUCACUGCUACAAGCCGACUUCAAGGACCCAAACAGAUAAAUCAGUUAAUGUACUGAAUGCUCAUUCUGUUGAUUUCCAUAUUCCAUUGUUACACAAUCUGCAUUGCACACUUUGCAUUAACAUGAUUUGAGUAGGUGUUUUGUAGCAUAAUCUUAAUAUUCUACCUUACUACUCAAAGUUGGAGCAUUCUCUCCAUACUCUUUUAUUAUUCCAUUUUUCCAGGGACAGAAGUAGAGCCACAAAACAGCUCAGCUUCUAUUUUGAACAGCUUACAAUGUCUAUAUUCUUGUAUGAUGCACUAUUGUAUAAUUUUUUUAUGAUUGAAAAGCCAUCUUUACGUAUGUGUACAGGAUUAUGAAUGCGAACCUCCAUCCCACAACAGAGCUCCCUAACAUGUUAUGUCCAUCUAUGGAAGGUUAUGAACAUGAGCUACUGGCGGUGAACUUGAAGAUCAGAAUUUCUGUCAGGCUCUUUGCACACCUUGUACAUGCUUUCUGUAACAUCCUUUGGAAAUUGCUUUUUUUUUGUUUCAAAGUGGAGAACGUUCAAGCCAUUCAGCAGUCAGUAUUGAAGACGUAACUGAACUGAACUCUGGAUCAGUAUUUCUGACACUAGCCAACACUAGACUCCCACGCGCUUAUUAGCCUUGAUGAGUUGAUCUGGGCUUGUUCUUUGGUCUGUUUCUGUUCCGGAAAGAGCGCCACACCACGAGAAGACAAGAAGUCUUUGAUACAUCUGCUCCAUGAAUCCAUUAUGUAACAAACUGAAUUGAAACAUUUAAAAAGUUCAAUGUUUUUAGUGUUAUACACUGUGGAGGCCUGAAAUAUCUCCAGGGACAUUCGAGACGGCUGCAGUGAAGAAAUAAUGGGUUUUACCCUUCAAAUGUGAAUUUGCAGCUUGUCCAUUUCCUAUCCAUUUUCAUUAUACUCAGUGGGUUCAGCUUCGUUAUGUUUUUCGUCAAAUUAUCCUCAUAUGUUAUAUUUACUAUUGAAUGUUUGGCGCCAAAUAUUUUAUAUGCAGUGAUACCAUAUUUUUUUUCUACAGACUUAGAUAGAAAUAUUACAGCUGGUUCUGUGAGAAUAUUUUAAACUGGAAAAUGGACUUUCUGACAAUGGCUGUCUCAUUGCUAUAUCCUCACGAAAUUUCACACAGGGUUUGUUUCUGUGUGAAAGUGAGACACCAGAGUGGCAGCUAGCUAGCUAGCAUGGCUACAGCGCAUAUACAGGAGGGCGAGCUAGUGUCAACAGGCUAACAGUCCUGCAACUGCUAACCGGCGCUAAACGCCUCAGAACCCAGAGAGCUAGCUUACAAUAGCUAGCUCUCUACAGCUAACAUGCUAACAUGGCGAGAAUAGCAAGAAAAAACAUUCCCCCUUUGAACCCUGUUGCUUAUUUGUAUAUAAAAUUGGACUCAACUGAUUCCUGUGUAUUCCUGUAGCUACUGUAAUUAGAUGAUACAAACAAAUUAUUUUGAUUGAACAUCACUUGAGGCUUUUGCUUUGAAAUGUUUAUCUAGAAAUUCUUACAAACUUUAUCUAAAGUUAUGCUCUGAGUGACAGGAUGUUUGGCAAUAAACAUGUUGAGGGAUGUUACCUUGUGGUCAGACAGGACUGGACUUAACCAGCACAUUUCAGUAACCAUUUACAGUAGGUACCUGGUAACUAUUUAACACGCUUUCUCACAUGUUCGCACAGAGAAGUCCUCUCGGCAGUCAGCCUUUGUAUUCUCAAUACAAAGUCAGAAUUGGUGCGAAUGUCGUCCCAGUUUGAUUCCAUAACCCCACUAAAAACAAUGGCUAUUCAGUUAUAUUGCCACGAUCAAAUGGGUUAUAAUUUUGCAAGUUUAUGAAUUCAGUCUUGUAAUAAGUGAUACAUGGAAGUAUAUGUAUUUUUAAAAUGGUUGCUGUCCUUAUGGCUAAGAACAAAGGUCACAUCGUUGGUCACAUUUAAUACCUUUAUAUUCUCCACAUCGUUCUGCUUACUCUAAAUGUGCUGUCUUUCCGUUCAGCGUUGUGCUCCAUCUGCUUCGUUCCUCAUCCCGCUUCAAGGAAACAACAGUGAAAUCGGUUCCUUCCCGCGCCAUGCAGAUCCGUGUCUGUGGGCUAAUUCAUGUGGCCUCUGAAGCUACAGCUUGGAGACACAAUGACCACAUGUAUUUUUGUGGGUUCCUGGAAACGUGUUCCUUCACCUUAUCUCCCUGUGCUGAACAUUUGGGCGUUGCUGCGUUAAUGAGAUGAAGAGAUCAGCGCUCUUCCAACUACAUCUUCCUCCAGACAAUGUCGCUCUCAUUGCCUCAGCGUCCUGUACUCUCCUGUCUCUGCUUGAUCUCCAUCGUCUCUUCCUCUACAUUUCCCUGUCCUCAUGUCUCACAGACUCCAUAGCUGCAAUUGUCUCUUUGUCUUGGCUAAAGUUGUUGGCUAAUGUUGAAGGACCACUCCUGUACGAACAUUCAUUUCAAUUCUUUCAUGUGAAACAUUCCAGUACUCCGCUAAAGUCCAUCGAUGAUCAACCGAAAAGUAUGAAGAGUGUUAAAAACGGCAGAGAGCCGGCCCUGAUAGAGGUGAUGUAGGAAUUGGUUUUCAGUCUGUAUGGAAGGGAAGGUCAGAGUUGGAGGACGUAGUCGCUGGCUUGGGUCAAGUGCCGGUUCACAGAAGGAACAUGGAGGUCACUUUGAGCUUCUAGACCUUUAAACAUUCAAACGAUGCUCAUCAGAAACUCAAUUUAAGAAAAACAGUGGGAGGAAAUUCCUUUUAACAUGAAAAUAGGUGCCAGACUGCAAUGUGCAAUAACUAUAUGUCCUUGAUGGUUAUGACGAGGAGGCAGGGGAGGAGGAGGAGGAGUAUACUCCUGAGUAAGUGAUGAUGACAAGAAAUGUUGAGUAACAUUUGGAAAAAUGCAAUGUGUAAAGUCCAAAAACACGACAUUUUAUAUAGGUAAAUAUUUGAGAGUGUAUAUUGCCAUUGACCAUUUCAUUUCUUUCCCAUACUGAGUUUUAUUCUAUGCACUGGGCCGAUGUAUAUCUUUGAGAUGAGAGAUGGUGAGACAAUAAUAAAUAUGAUGAGCGGUG